AUGGGUUGUGGAGCAAGUAUUCCAAUAGAUGAAGAAAAUGAUCCAUUUUUACAUGAUAAACAAAUAAAUGAUGCAAUAGAACAAUCAUUACAAUUAAAUAAAGCAAAUUCUAAAAAAGGUAUGAAAUUAUUAUUAUUAGGAGCAGGAGAAAGUGGUAAAUCAACUGUAUUAAAACAAUUAAAAUUAUUACAUAAAGGUGGAUUUACACAACAAGAAAGAAUGCAAUAUUCACAAAUUAUUUGGUGUGAUGUUUUACAAAGUAUGAAAAUUUUAAUUAUUCAAGCUAGAAAAUUAAAAAUUCCAUUAGAUUGUGAUAAACAAAAUAGUAAUUUAAUUCCCUUUAAGCAAUGUAUAUUAAGAAGUGAUGCUUUAACUCAAAUUGAUACUACUAUAGCUGGUGGGAAUUCAUUUUUAAAUGAUUAUAUUUUAAAAUAUGAUGAAAAAAUUAAAAUUAAAAGAAAAUUAAAUAGUACAGGAGUUGUUGAAUUUUUAGGAGAUUCUCAAAAACAACAAGAAGAAGAUGAUGAAGAUGAAAACAACCUAGAAAAUAUAAAUUUAUUGAAUACAACAAAAGAUCAACAACAAAAAUAUACAAGACAAGAUGUAGCAGAAGCAAUACAUAAAUUAUGGACUUUGGAUUCAGGUAUAAAAAAAGUUUUUGAAAGAUCAAAUGAAUUUCAAUUUGAAAGUUCUUCUGAAUAUUUUUUAAAUAAUGUUUUUAAUUUUGCUGAUCCAAAUUAUUUAAGUUCAGAUUUAGAUAUUUUAAAAGGUAGAAUAAAAACAACAGGGAUAACAGAAACAAAUUUUACAAUAAAUUCUUUCCAAUUUAAAGUUUUAGACGCUGGUGGUCAAAGAUCAGAACGUAAAAAAUGGAUUCAUUGUUUUGAUGAUAUUACUGCUGUAUUAUUUGUUUUAGCAAUAAAUGAAUAUGAUCAAAUGUUAUUUGAAGAUGAACGAGUAAAUCGUAUGCAUGAAUCAAUUAUAUUAUUUGAUCAAUUAUGUAAUUCUACUUGGUUUUCAAAUACUCCAUUUAUAUUAUUUUUAAACAAGAUUGAUAUAUUUGAACAAAUAAUUAAAAAAAAUCCAUUAAAAAAAUAUUUUCCUGAUUUUAAUGGUAAAAAUGAUGAUUUUAAUGAAAAUAUAAAAUUUUUUGAAACUAAUUUUUUAAAAAUGAAUAAAAACCCCAAUAGACCAAUAUAUAUUCAUAGAACUUGUGCUACUGAUACUAAUUCUAUGAAAUUUGUAUUAAGUGCUGUUGCUGAUAUGAUUAUACAACAAAAUUUGAAAAAAAGUGGUAUAAUUUAG